AUGGAGCACCUCGAGAAAGAGAACAGAGACCUGAAGGAUGAAAUUUCCAGACAUACAACCCUGAUGGAAUUUGUGAUAGCUGCUCAAAGCCAACAAUCUCCACCUCCCACAACUCCUCCCCCUGAAGGGUAUGCGCCUACUUUUCCUUCUGUGUCGGCAUCUAGCUCGGUCCUGAAUAUGCCUCCUCCUAUUGUUCACACUUUACCUCGUGUCGAGGACCCCAUUUACCACUCUGAGUCGUCUGAAGGUCCAGAUGACUAUGAAAAGAUGGAUGAAAUGAGGGAUCAGUUUAUUGAGUUGCGCAAGGAAUUGAAGACUCUUAGAGGAAAGGAUUAUAUUGGGAAGAGUGAUGUCGAGUUGUGUUUAGUGCCGAAUGUCAAAAUUCCGGUGAAAUUCAAGGAUAGUCUAACGGGAGCUGCCCUCGGAUGGUACGUGGGCCUGGAGAGUGCUAACAUUCGUACUUUCAACGACUUAGGUGAGGCCUUUGUUAAGAAGUACAAGUAUAAUAUUAAUAUGGCGCUAGAUAUAUAUCAAUUGAGGUCUAUCUAUGAUAAUGACACUGAGACAUUUAAAGAAUAUGCCCAGAGAUGGAGCGAGUUAGCUGCUCAAAUUAGCCUACCAUUAGAAGAAAAAGAGAAGACCAAGAUUUUCUUGAAGACAUUGAGUUCAUUUUAUUAUGAACAGAAUGGUCAAAAGGUUCCUCUUCUAGUUGCAGUAUCGGUGGUGAAUAUUAUGGAUAUGGCAAAGGUAACCCAUAGUGGUCGUGUGUUCAGUCCAGUGUUUCUGAAAGUUGUGGACAAUGCGUCUAUGAGUAAGAAGGCAGAGAUUCCUGUAGUUGAUCCAAAAGCUGAGGCACUCAUGUCUUCUUUAAAAGAUGCACAAGAGGCUAUUCAGGCUGGCAGUAUUGAUAAGUGGGAUUAUGUUGUGAAAGUCGUUGAGAAUAAGAAUAGAGCAGGGCUGGGAUUUCAACAAGGGUCAUUCAACGCCAAUGACAAGGUUAAGCAACCUGUUUUCUACAAUAGAGGGUUCAUUCAUGAGGAUGAUAAACAAUCAGCUGCUAUUAUCGAAGACAGUGAUGAAGACAAGGCUUGUGACAACUUUGUGACACAUGGCUAG